AUGACCGCUUUCCUCGCUGCUGCGCGCGAGUGGCACGCGCUCCUCCUGCGCGACCGCCACGAGCCCUUUGUCGCCCGCCACUUGGCCACGGCCAUGCAACUCGCUGUCGCGCUGCACUGUCGAGACGACGCCGCAGCGGCGCGCGCGGUGGACACCGUCUCUGCUGCCGAGCGACAGGCGCUCGUAGCGCUCGCGGUAGUGCUUCGUCCACUGAUCGAAGUCGCCGUGCGGGACCGCCUGACGUUCCUCUUUCCUGAAGUAACAGCAGCAGCAGCGGUCGGUGAAGUAACACUGCCGCCCUGGGAGCGCACGCGGCAGCAGGCGCUGGUCCAGAGUCUGCCCGACGCCUUUCAGCUGCCGUUCCGCCAGCUGCUUCGCGGCCAUUGGGACGCGUUGACGCGCGAUGCGCAGCGCUCGACGCAUUCGUUGCCGCGCGUCGCGCAGCUGCACCACAAGUGCGUGAAAGCAGAGGCAGAGGCCGACACGUACGUGCUGCUGCGCCUCCAGACGUCGGACGGCGCGACGCGGACGCUGCGCGUGCGUCUGCAGCAGUUCCACCAGUUGCGUCACAGUGCGGCGACAGCGUUGCAGGGCAUGAACGACGUCGAGUCGCAUCCGAUGAUGCGAUUGGUUCAGGUGGAGACAAAGAGCGCUCGGACAGCGACGGGCGGCACGGAAAGCGUCGCGGAGACGUAG